GGCAGCGAGCAGCUGCUACUGGCCGGAAAACGCUCACCGCCGCCACUUCCAUCCUCCUGUCUGGUGACCUUUAUCGCCGGAAGUAAUUCUUUCACCUUCCUUUCCUCUAUUUUACUGUCCGGAAGUCCUUCCCUCUCUUCUCCUUACCGGAAGUAUCCCCCUUUCUUCUCUCCCCCCCCCUCCCUACGGGCACCGGAAACACACUCGGCGCCCCGAGUUAUUGUGCGCGGGAGAGAGGAAGAUGGCGGCGAAUAUGUACCGGGUGGGCGAUUAUGUAUACUUUGAAAAUUCCUCGAGCAACCCAUACCUGAUCCGUAGAAUAGAAGAACUGAACAAGACUGCAAAUGGAAAUGUCGAAGCUAAGGUCGUCUGUCUGUUCCGUCGCAGAGACAUCUCCAGCAGUCUGAACAGUUUAGCAGACAGCAAUGCACGGGAGUUUGAGGACGAGUCUAAGCAGCCAUCCGUGGCUGAACCACAGAGACACCAACUGAAGCACCGGGAGCUCUUCCUGUCCCGGCAGUUUGAAUCCCUGCCUGCUACCCACAUCAGGGGGAAAUGCAGCGUUACCUUGCUAAAUGAGACAGAUCUUCUCAGCCAGUAUUUGGAGAAAGAGGAUUGCUUCUUCUACUCGUUGGUGUUUGACCCUGUACAGAAGACGCUGCUGGCUGACCAAGGGGAGAUCCGGGUUGGUUCCAAGUAUCAGGCAGAAAUUCCUGACCAGUUGGCAGAAGGUGAAUCUGACAAUCGGAAUCAACAGAAAAUGGAGAUGAAAGUUUGGGAUCCAGAGAACCCACUGACAGACAGACAAAUAGACCAGUUUCUUGUGGUUGCCAGAGCCGUUGGCACAUUUGCGAGAGCGCUGGAUUGCAGCAGCUCGAUCAGACAGCCAAGUUUACAUAUGAGUGCAGCUGCUGCGUCUCGUGACAUCACACUGUUCCACGCCAUGGAUACACUACAGCGGAAUGGGUAUGAUCUUGCUCGUGCAAUGUCCACGCUUGUCCCUCAGGGAGGCCCAGUUCUGUGCAGAGAUGAGAUGGAGGAGUGGUCUGCAUCAGAGGCCAUGUUAUUUGAGGAGGCAUUGGAAAAAUAUGGAAAAGAUUUCAAUGACAUUCGACAAGAUUUUCUUCCUUGGAAGUCUCUGGCUAGUAUUGUUCAGUUCUACUAUAUGUGGAAAACUACAGACCGCUAUAUCCAGCAGAAACGUCUAAAGGCAGCAGAGGCAGAUAGCAAACUGAAACAAGUCUACAUCCCGACCUACACCAAACCCAACCCCAAUCAGAUUAUAUCUGUUGGAGCCAAACCUGGACUCAAUGGAGCUGGAUUCCAGAAGGGUCUAACGUGUGAAAGCUGCCAUACCACGGUGUCUGCUCAGUGGUAUGCUUGGGGACCUCCCAACAUGCAAUGCCGUUUAUGUGCAUCUUGCUGGAUUUAUUGGAAGAAGUAUGGCGGGCUCAAAACGCCGACACAGCUUGAAGGUGCAGCAAGGAAUAUAGGGGAGCCACACUCUCGUGGACAUAUCUCUCGGCCAGAAGCUCAAAGCUUGUCCCCGUAUACCACCAGCGCAAACCGCGCUAAACUGCUGGCAAAGAAUCGUCAAACGUUCCUUCUCCAGACGACCAAACUAACCCGUAUUGCACGACGCAUGUGCAGAGAUAUAUUGCAGCCUAGGAGAGCUGCACGCCGCCCCUAUGCCCCAAUCAACUCGAACUCUAUCAAGGCGGAAUGUUCUAUUCGACUACCUAAGGCAGCUAAAACUCCACUGAAGAUCCUGCCCCUAGUGCGUCCUCCAUUGUCUGCCAUAGUGAAAGAGCUAGCUGCUCAAGCACCACUGAAGCCCAAGACUCCACGUGGGACAAAAACUCCAAUAAACCGUAACCAGCUGACUCAAAGUCGAGGUCUUAGCGUGCUACCCGCCAAGAGAGCAUUUGAAGCCGUAUCCGGAGUGGGGGUAGUUCCUCCGUUCUCCGCCAAUGGCCGCUCCUUCUCUGGUGUCCGUUCUAGCUCUCAACCCAAUGUCAAGAGGCAGAAACUCAACCUUGCAGAUGCCCCUAAUCCUGUAGUGUUUGUGGCUACUAAAGACACAAGAUGUUUAAGGAAAUCCCUAUCGCACAUGGAGAUGCGCCGAGCUGCUCGACGUCCCAAUCAGCCACUGAAAUUGAAGCUACCACUGCCCCCAAGACCACCUGGCCUUCUUCCCUCUCUUACUACACCCCAUCCUGCCAGUACAAGUGAACCCAUUGUUUUGGAAGACUAAGGAACUGAAAAACAGCCAUGUCGAUCUAGAGAGAAAUUUCUGUCUCCUUUGACCUUCCUUGCUAGUACUGCUCAUCCAGUACUUUAUACAUGCUCGAGGGCAGAGGGACCCUGAAUUAAGCUCCCUCCCCACAAAAAAUCCAAUUCAGAACGCCUGAACUACCCCAACCUAGCAGCGAUAGGGGCUCAUUUUUGCUCUUUCGCUUCCCCUUAUUACAGUCUACCCAUAUCUUUUUAUUUUAAUAUAUAUAUUUUCUUCAUAUAGCUCCCUUACCCAAUGGUUGGGAAAUUCUCUUGAUCUCAGCUCAUGUCACCAAUGUUUUUUGUUUUUUCUCCUCGUGUCCUUGUUUUGUUAUUUUUGUCUUUUGUUUUUUAUUUUAUUUUUGCUUUUUUUGUACAAUGAAACAAUUUGAGGUCCACCAGUAAAACAAGAAAAGAGAAAAA